AUGACGGCGAAGUCGUUAGAUACGGUGCCGGCGAGUCGUGGCGGCCUACCCCUCGAGACCGAUCCCCUAGGCGGGUCAGAAGCCCCGCUAGAGAGAGGGUUAGAAGCCCAGUCCGAGAUCGACCAAGGAGCCCGCGACCUAGAAGUCCGCGUCCUAGGAGCCCAAUUCCUGCUGGAUCCGAUAGUUAUGUGCCCGGAAGAUACCCCCCACGUCGUAGGUCGAGAAGUGGUGGAGGUGAUCGCUACCGGCGCGAACGAUCAAGAGCAGAACGAGAGAGCCCACGUCGAAGAGAUCGUAUCGGUAUCCGGAAGAUCAUCACCUCGGCCAAGCUCGGUGAGAGCUCGCUCACCACUUCAAUCUCGAGAACAGUCUCCUCAUCACACUAUGCUUGGUGCAGCACCUCCCAGAGAGGCCCCGAGACCUGCCCCUUACGACACAAAUUCACAUGUCCCAGUGCGGUCGCCACCACGAGGACCUGCGGCCUUGAGAGCGCCGCCCACUGGUCCUGCAGCAAAUAGGAAUACUGCAGCUCCAGUGGCUUCGCCAGCUCCUCCUCCUCCAGCCCGGAUUCAAACCCCUACCGCGCCCCCUCAGCGCUCAGAUACCACAAGUCCAACCAUUCCACCAGCUGGCCCGAGAGGUUAUGUGCCCCCGGCCAGAGGUGGUUAUGCUCCUCGAGGAGGACGCGGUGGUUGGAAUCAACCACCAACGAGACAAUUCUCCGGGCCUUCUCCCACGCCAUCAACACCCAAUGGCCCCUCGACCAUUCCCACUGGUCCACGAGUCGCUCCGUCAAAUAUUCCCUUAUCCUCAACACCAACACAGUCUCGGCCAUUUAACCCGCCGACUGGACCAUCAGCUCAACAUGCCAGCGGUGCACGGCAAACUUUGGCGCAAUCUAUGCUUGCUACACUACCUCCCAUCAUCCCAGGUGGCAAGCUGGAUCCUUCGAUGACACCCAUCUCUCUGGGCGUCACCCGGGAGCUUGAGCCACAUUACCGAAAACUGAAAGACGAGGAGGAGAAAGUGAGAGAUGAACUUCAUGCAAAACAGGAGCGGCUACGAAAGAGUCUCUACACAUGGAACAGACUUGAGCGUGACUCUCGAGCUUGGGAGAUGCGAAGUGACUUGAGCGAGAAGAGCAUGAAAAAUCUCGCAGGUGAAGGUAUGGGAGGUGCUGCAUUCUAG